CGGGAAUAUGGCGGACUGCCCCCUCCGCGGGCCCCGGGCGGGCGGGAGCUGACCUGGCCCGGCGGCAGCAGCGAGGGCAGCGGAUCUACUGAUGGAGACCACCAAGCUCAACCCCAUCAUCCGGGAUGUCUUCACAGCUGCUGGCCGUGCCCAGCAGGCACCCCCCAACACCUCGGUGUGGAGGGGCAGCAGCUGCAGGGAGCUGAUGGUGAAGCUGACAGAGGGGCAGUACGUGCUGUGCCGCUGGACUGAUGGGCUCUAUUACCUCGGGAAGAUCAAAAGGGUGAGUGGCUCCAAGCAGAGCUGCCUUGUCACAUUUGAGGAUAACUCCAAGUACUGGGUCCUCUGGAAGGACAUCCAGCAUGCUGGUGUCCCCGGGGAGGAGCCCAAGUGCAACAUCUGCCUGGGGAAGACAUCGGGCCCCACCAACGAAAUCCUCAUCUGUGGGAAGUGUGGGCUGGGUUAUCACCAGCAGUGCCACAUCCCCGUGGCCAGCGGUGGCGAGGGCCCCCUGGGGACACCGUGGUUCUGCCGCCGCUGCAUCUUCGCCCUGGCCGUGCGGAAGGGGGGUGCCCUGAAGAAGGGAGCCAUUGCCAGGACGCUGCAAGCUGUCAAGAUGGUGCUGUCCUACAACCCCGACCUCCUGGAGUGGGACUCCCCGCACCGCACCAACCAGCAGCAGUGCUACUGCUACUGCGGGGGCCCUGGCGAGUGGUACCUGAAGAUGCUGCAGUGCUACCGCUGCCGGCAGUGGUUCCAUGAAGCCUGCACCCAGUGCCUCAGUGACCCCAUGAUGUUUGGAGACCGGUUCUAUGUGUUUUUCUGCUCUGUAUGCAACCAGGGACCUGAAUACAUCAAGCGCCUGCCCUUGAGAUGGGUGGAUGUUGUCCAUCUUGCCCUUUACAACCUGGGAGUACAGAGCAAGAAGAAGUACUUUGACUUUGAGGAGAUCUUGGCCUUUGUGAACCAUCACUGGGAUCCACUGCAGCUUGGAAAGCUAACGGGCACCCCCAUCUCCAAGCGUGGUCCCCACCUCCUCAAUGCCCUCAACAGCUACAAGAGCAGGUUCCUGUGUGGGAAGGAGAUCAAGAAGAAGAAAUGCAUCUUCCGCCUGCGGAUCCGUGUCCCCCCAACCCCCCCCAGCAAAGUGCUGCCAGAGAGAGCCCCUGGCGGGGGGGAGGGGGGCUCCUGCGAGCUGAAGAAGGGGGGGAAAAGCAAAUAUAUCCAUAAAGAUAGCCUCCUGCCACGGCAGCUCCAUCAGCAGAAGCGUCGGGCGGCACGGCGGAAGAGGACAAAGUUCCUGCUGGAGGAUGCCAUUCCCAGUAGUGACUUCACCUCAGCCUGGAGCACCAACCACCACCUGGCCAGUAUCUUUGACUUCACGCUGGAUGAAAUUCAGAGCCUCAAAAGUGCCAGCUCGGGACAGACUUUCCUGUCAGAUGUGGACUCCACGGAUGCCACCAGCACCUCAGGCUCCGCCACCACGAGCCUCUCCUACAAGUCCAGCCACAGGACUCUGGGCAGCCGCAAGCGCAAGUUGGCAGCACCGACCUAUGGCUCGGUGGGGGCCAUAAGGAGAGGAGGGCAGGAGGGGGGUGGGCACCCACCCGGGGGCACCCAUGAGGGUCCCGAGCGCCCGCUGGAUGACGGCAUCGACAGCCACACCUUGGAGAGCAUCAGCGAGGACGAUUCCUCCCUCUCCCACCUCAAGUCCUCCAUCAGCAGCUACUUCGGGGCGGCGGGCAGGUUGGUCUGCGGGGAGAAGUACCAAGUGCUGGCACGGAGGGUGACACUGGAGGGGAAGGUGCAGUACCUGGUGGAGUGGGAAGGCACAACCCCCUGCUGAGCCCUGACAGCCCCCAGACCUCUCUGUGCCAAAGCAGCGGAGGUUGGGAUGAUGGGGAGCCCCUGGGAGGGAGGAGGGAUGCUGACCCCACAGGGAGGGCUGGACCCCUCCAUGUUUGGGAGGUGCCAGCUGGGAAUGGCUCCCUGAGGGUGGCCACAGCACCCGAGCUGUCACUGUCCCCAUCAGCUGCCCAGGCUGCUGGGUUUCUUUUAUUAGAGCAGUUUUAUUCCAUUGUCUGUGUGUUUGCAAAGAGCGUGGCCCGGCCCAGCUUUCUGAUGGAGCCUUUGGCCGAGCCACAGGUGCCAUCAGGGUGGUGGCAGGAGCAGGGCUGGCAUUCCCAGGAGGGUCCUCCCAGCAUGGUGGGCACCCUGACACAGGGGGAUGUUGUGCUGUCAUUGUCCCUGACUCAUCCCCACAUCCAAGCCUUGCAGAGCAGACUCGAGGGGCUUCUUCUGCUGUCUCAGAAAGCAGCCCCCUCCCCACGCUUUCACAGCCCCUCCCUACACCCGUGGGAAAUGGGGGGUGAAGGGUUUUUCCUCCAUUCAUUAAAAGAAUGGGGGUUGUUUUAAAUGAGGGGAAAGUGCCCCAUAAAGAGCCCAUGUGCAGCCAGCUCCCAUGGCUGCAGGGCAGAUGUAUGUGCUUGCUCUCAUCCCAGCACCUGGAAGGGGUGAGGUUGAUACACCAGCUUUGGUUCUUCUUCUUCUUCUUCUUCUGACAAUCAUGGUCUUGGAAGAGAUCAGCCAAAAGUUACACCCUUGCCUUAAAACCACCUCAGCCAUUUCACAGACUGGAGCCUCAAGCCUUUAUUCCUGCAGGAAUCCUCAUCCUCAAUGUACCAAACAAGCAGCCAAAGGCUGAGGAGGGCAGCAGGAGUAUAGGGAGGGGGAUGUACCAGGGUCCCUGUGGCCAUCCCCGUGGCCUUGUGGCUGUGCCUUGCUGGGGCAUCUCUGCCCUCUUUUACUGCAGUAAUGUUGAGGUGUGUGAGUGCGUGGAGUUGGUUUGUCUCCUCCUUUAACUAAAGCAAUACUGCCAGGGUGUUCAGGAGCAAAGCAGUUGUCUUUUUUUUAAAAGAAAAAAUUCUGAUAUCAUCAGACAUAUUUUUUUCUAAGAGAGAGCUAUAGAUUUUUAAUGCUGUCCUCCUUUUCUCUCCCCUGUCACUGCCAUGACUGUCCCACCAGGGGGUCACAGAGGGUGGGCAGUGCCAGGGGGGCUGCGUGGGCCCGUGUGUUCUUGUGAGAUCUGCUGGUGGGGUGGUGGUGUAGAAUUAUAGGGGUUGUCUGUUGGAAAGUACUUCAAAUUCUUUGGUGUAAUCAGCCCAAGGGAGCAGGUGACACCUGCAAACCAGAGACCAAAGCGAGGUCCCUAGAAACAAACUGCUUCAUUGAAUGCUAAAAUAAGAUGGUGAAGGGGAGGUUGCCAUUGUUCUCAUUCCUCUAGCAGGAGUGAGUGACAUUUUUGCUGGUGACAGUGCCUCCCGAGGGGCUGUGCCUGCGUGGGUUGGGCUGGGUCUGGGCUGUUCUGCUGCCCAUCCUGGGAGCCUGAGCACUUGGUUGCUUCUUCUGCUGCCUCUCAGCUUUGUCACCAAAGGGUUACCUGAAGUAUUUCCCUUUCAGCAGUGCCUGUGAAGCCCUUUUUGUUCUGUGAGUUGCUUCCCCAGGGGGCUGGCGGCUGCCAAAAGCUGUGCCAGAGUCCAGUGGGGUUAUUCCCCCCAUGGGAUGUUCCAAUGGGCAUUGCACUUGUGGGAGCACCCACAACGUGAGGGUCCCUCUCCCUCUCUGUUCCCUCUCCUCCUGCCCUCCUGCAGAGAACUGAAUGUGGAGCCUUUAUAUGUAUUUUUGUUGCAGAGUAUAUUUUGCAUUAGCUGUAAUAGAGAUUAUAAUGACUCCAUGCACCUUCUGAAGAUUUAUGAGUUCAGGUUGCUGCUUGCAAUAACCAACUCUUGUUACACCCAGGUUGUAAUUAAUAUG